AUGGCCUCUGUAGUCUCAACGAAGACACGCAAGCUUGAUGCAAUAUGUGCCAAACUGAAGUUGAUCAGCAAUGAUCCUCCUCUGUCUCUUCCUGGCCUACCUUCAUCAUCAACUCCCUGUCAUCCAGAACCUUUAACUCAGGCCAGUUUUAAUUGUACGAGUCCCGUCAACCUCUCCCUGGCAACGAACACUUUUGAAAAAGAGGUUUUGGAUAACGGUGAAGAUGAAAUACCCCAAAAUAGCCCGAUUUCACUGGUAAAGGACAAUGAUAGAAACACUUUGUCUUCAGACAUAAAUGAAAAGAAGGUUGAUGAAACAGCUGUGUGUUGUAGCGGAUCUGAAGAGCAUGCACUGUCUCUAGUGACAAGGAAAUACCAUGAUACCGUAAGUGACACUUCUGGCCCUAUAUCAAAUAGCAUUACAACAUCAUGUUGUGAAAAAGAAGAAUUAGGGUGUGAAAAGAAUAACAACGACACAACUGAAAAAGAGGCACAUGAUCCUAGUAUUAGUGAUAAAAAUAUAUCGAAGACCUUAAAUCUUUCACAGAGAAAUGAUGAAGAUGGGAGUAAUUUGGUAACCAUGGAAAAUGAGGAGGUAGAGAGUAUAGAUCAGAAUGGAGGGAAUGUUGAUACGUCAUUUGUAAAACCAUCUACCACUAUAUCUAUGUCAACUCCUACAACGUUACCGAUCUCCAUGUCUACAGCAUCAGCAUCCACAUCAACAGUAUCUAGUCAACUAAAGGUGUUCGGGGCAAGCCGAAGAAAAAGUCGUAAAGCAACCCCACGCAAUAUUACACAAGUGCGAGAAAUCAUCGAACAGUAUGAUAGUAUAGAUGAUAAGGAUGAACUAGCGGAGUAUGAGUUAAACAACCAAAAUACAACAUUUCCACCUCCAGAAAAUGACGAUGAUUAUAUGGAUGAAGAAGAAAAUGUGAGAAUACAAAAUGAAAGUAUGGACGUGGGAGAGAAUUUGAGUGUAGUAAAAUCUCAAUCUACAGAAAACAGUAUUACCUCUAACAGCAGUAUUAAUGAUAGCUCUAGUUCACUAAACCUCACUUCUGCAUCUUCUGAGAGCAGGAACUCUAGAAAGGCUAGAAAACCGCAGAUGACGCAGAGCAUCAACAUGCCGCUUGAUCUAUCUGUGUGUCGGACAGAUGCGGACGAUUACAUGGACAGUGACAGUUCUGAAUUUGAAUAUAGUAUGGAUGGCGAUGAAGUAUCGCUGAGAAGUGAGUCUGGACGUAACUCACCAGAAGAUUUACGUUUAACUGCAUCUACAGAUAAACCUUCAGUGCCAAAGUCAACCCCGAAAAAUUCUUCAAAGCAAGACAAUCUUGAGAUAUCUGCCUUGAAAGACUAUGCAGAGAACACCAUGAAUGAAUUGCUACAGAUGUAUGGGCUUAGUCGAUCUGCAGACUCCGUUACCGGUCAAGUUCACCCAGAAAACUUCUCUUCAAAUAAAAUAUUAGCACAUGGUGGUCUGGUGAUGCCAGGCAAGGACAAGUUUCGGCCUAUCCUACCAAAGAACUUCCAAAUGGAUCCAGCAGUAAACGGGGAUACAAAGCAGUCUCCUCCUACAUCUCAGGAAGGCAAGUCUGGAAUCUUCAUCAACUAUGUCAACUCUCAUGUCAACAAGGCUGGAAAGCAGAGUGAAGAUGCAAACAAGCAUCAAGACAAGUUCACUAACAGUGCUGCUUACAUUAAGGCAGUAUUCAACCACCAAAGCAAGGUCAAGGCCAACUCUCAAGGGAGAGUACUCCUACCAGACUAUUCAAAGUACCUUAAACGAUUCAACAAUGGACAGGAAUGUAAAGUUAAAUACUGCCAUGAGCUUGGAUAUCGUGAGCACUUCCACUGCAUGGAUUGUAACUUCCGUGUUUUUGUCAAGAAGGAAGAAAUGGUUCGACACUUCAAGUGGCACCGCAAACGGGAGGAGUCUCUACAGCAUGGUUUCAUGAGAUACAGUCCUAUGGAUGAUUGCAGUCAGAAGUUCGUAGGCUGUACUCACAAUGGCCGUCAGACACAUUAUCACUGCCUCCAGGGUGGAUGUGACAAGGUCUAUAUCAGUACAUCAGAUGUACAAAUGCAUGCCAACUAUCAUCGUAAAGACUCCGCCAUCAUCCAGGAAGGUUUCCAGAGAUUCCGAGCCACAGAAGACUGUGGCACACCAUCUUGUGCCUUUUAUGGACAGAGAACGACUCAUUUCCACUGUCGCCGACCAACCUGUAACUUCACAUUCAAAAACAAGGCUGACAUGGAGAAACAUAAAACCUAUCACCAGAAAGAUGAAGUCUUGGCAAAAGACGGUUUCAAAAAAUUCAUGAAAUAUGAACACUGUGGUUACACAUCCUGUCGCUACUCCAAAGUCAGCAACCAUAUUCACUGUAUACGCACUGGGUGCAAUUAUGUGCUGCAUUCAACUGCUCAGCUGUACUCGCACAAGAGGAAGCAUGAAAGACGAGAUUUUGAGUCAGCAUAUAGGAAGUUUCGUGAGGAACAACAGGACGUUAAGGGAGGUCAUGCUCAAGGCAUCAUAGCGGGAACAGUGGCGCCCUCUAGGGUGAAUACUCUCACUAAUGUGACACUCAUGAAUAACCACCAGACCAUGUCACUUCCUGUAGCCAUCAAGCGUGAAGCGCUGGAUGAUUUUGAUUCCAAUGACUCCAAGAGAUUGAAGACAGGACAGACCAGUAUGUCGCUACCGCUGGCCAUAAAACAAGAAACAUUUGAUGACUCGGAAAGUAAUGAAUCUAAAUUCAUGCAGGAGGACCAACCAUCAAAUCUAAAUGAAAAUAGCUUUUCAGAUGUAAAGUCAGAAUCCUCUGAAUCAAACACUGCCAUGGAUGUUUCUCACCAGGACCCAGACAGUGACAGUGUAAAGGACGAUAUUUCAGAUGUUCCCGACACGCCAUACAGCGAGCAGAAGACUUCAAAAAUGGCUGCUCUUAACCUGACUGGGGCCAGACUCAGCGAUUCGCUUACACUACCCAUACCUGGCAUGCAUGUUAAGGAUGAAGUUACCAUAAACCCCCAACAGGAAAUAUCUCCUGUUCGACAGCCGUUACAACUUCCUGUCCAAACCCCUACCUCAGCCCCUUCUGUGGCAAUCCCUCAAACGUCCCCUGCUUUAUCCUCAGCCACCUCUCAGGCAGGCUCAACAUUAGCUAGCGUUCCCCUGCCUGCCAGGCCCCCCAUUAUGGAGAAGCGGGAGAGAGAUGAGGCUUGGAAAAAUUAUCUUGUAAGGUAUACAGCUAAUGACCCCUGUAACUCCCGAUGCCAAUAUCUGUACAAGGAUCACUACCAUUGUAAAGUAGAGGGAUGCUUGGUGCUUUUCAAGUCAAAGGACGGGGUCCGAGAGCAUGCUAGAUUCCAUGAGCUACAGGACCGUAUCACACCUGUGGCCUACCAUGUGUAUGAACCUCUUCAGGCCUGUCCUAACAGUUGUCAGUAUAGUCUCAAGGAGAAACAUUACCACUGUAUCUGGUCUGGCUGUACUCAUGUUGUGCCCCACAUUGGUCCAACAUUUGGACGCUUGGAACACUACCGUAUCCAUGAGUAUGCCAGGGCAUCCCAAGGAAAGACAUACAAGUUUUCUGGAUCAAAACUUGAAGAUAAUUCACCUCGGAGAAGGGGCAGACCACCAAAGUAUCCAAAAAUCGAUAUCCCCAUCAUUCCCAAGGUUGAGUUGACAGAGGAAGAAAUUGCUCAGUCCACUCGAAAAGUGGCUGUCAACAGUAGUGGCCUCCCCAAAGUGAUUAAUGGGUUUAAGAUGUUUGAGGAACAUGAGGAAUGUCCUGAUGAAAUGUGUAUCUACAGACAACAGCAGCAUUACCACUGUGCUCGCCCGCGCUGCCACCAUGUCACCGACAGACUCGAUGUCCUCAACCUUCACGCCAAAGACUUCCACAACUUUGUUACCAUUAUGGAGGGCUUCGAAUUCUUUGACCGCAAUGUCAAUUGUCGCCGCAACCACUGCAACAAUAACAAAAUUAAUCGGCACUUCCAUUGUGUGAAGCCCAAGUGUGAUUAUUCUUUUGUCAGGCACAGCACUAUGAUGCAACAUGACAAGAAACACAGGACAGAUGGCGCCGCAGACCUUAAACCUCUCCAACUUGUUAAGAAGGAAGCGCCUAAUGUGUCUGUACAAGGGUUCAUGCCAAUUAUUCCAGCUCUGUCCCCCAGCCCAUUAGAAUCAGUAAACAAAGGCAUCAUCAAGACAUCAGGGACAUUCUUUCCUUGGUCAGGUCUGAGUAAAUCUCCUGGCACCAUGUCUAUACCAACGCUGACUACACAGCUAGCAACACAAGUGUCUCCAGUUGCCACACUUCAGGCCAUGCCAGUUGCUGUAUCGAACAUGGCGUUGGUUGUCCCCAAUGUGGCCACUGUGAGCUCUGUGGCCACACCCGUCAUCACUCAGGGUCUGGUCGCAGGCAAUGCACCACUGUCUGUGUUACUACAGCAGAAGGGAAGUAACCAUAUCCCCCAACGCAGCUGGCAGGAGUUGAAAGAAAGUAUGCACUUUGAUAUCAACCAGAACUGUGGUAGACCAUUUUGUAAAUUGAAAAAGAAAGAUCAUUUCCAUUGUUUUGAAUGUAAUCAGGCCUUCUCUGAUCCAUCACGACUUCGCCUUCACAUCUGCAAGCAUGGUGUCAAGAUAAGCAAGAGUGAAGAAACACAAUCAACAUCAACACCUGCCUCAGUUAUUACACAGACUCAGCUCCGCUCUGAAUGUGCCACUGAAAGUGAGGAUUUUCCACCUGAGGUUGUACACCUGUCUGACCCUGGUGAAGAAGAUGAAGAUGAAUUAAAUGGGUCUUCUUCAUUAAACCUAGAAUUCUCAACAUUUUCUACCAUGAUAGCAAAAGCACAGCAAGCUCAUGCUACAAGUGCACAACCCUUACCAAACCAUGAUCGAGAUUCUGGACUCGGCUUCUCAGGAAAACUUGUCAUUGAUGAGAGAUUUCAUGAAGAGAAAAGCCCAGAUGUCCUUGAGAGUAACGAUAAUGGGUUCGAUGAUGGAAGACAGGAGGAUUUGAAGGAUGGAGGAUCUGGUCGUAAAUCUGGACGAAAAAGGACAGCAACAAAACGUAACGACUUUGUGGACAGUAAUUCAGUUGUUGUGAAGCAAAAGAAAAACGCUCUCCCACGAACUGGAAAGGAUGACUCCAUUCCUGAGGGUUAUACUCGUAUAAAACAGAAGGAGGACUGCCACCAUGAAAAGUGUGCAUAUCGUCAGGGUGUGACCCACUUCCACUGUAUCCGUGAGGACUGUGGCUACAGUUUCAGUGACAGAUCUCGUCUCAUUCAGCAUACCUUGCGUCACGAGCGUAUUGACAGUCUAACUGGUGGAGAGAUGAGACAGUUCCGCAUGAACCAGUCCUGUAAUGUGGAUCAAUGCGAGUACCAGGGCAAGGCCUCACACUUCCACUGUCUCAAGUGUGACUAUUGCUGUACAGACUCGAGUAAGGUUCUUACCCACCGCAAACACCAUUCCAAGAUGGAUAGCAUCAGUUCACAAGGAUUUAUGAAGGUGUCUGUUGACGAAGAAUGUUGCGUGGCACUUUGCCAGUACAACAGAAAGCAGACUCACUAUCACUGUACCCGUACCCCAUGUAAUUAUGCUGUACUAGGUCCUGCUCAGAUGUCCUCACACAAAAUCAAACAUGCCAGCUAA